GUAUUGAGCUCGUAAGAAGACCCAGCAUCUUUUUCACUUGUUUUUUUUUUUUGUUUGUUUGUUUGAUUUUGUUUUCAGAAAAAUCCCUGUCCCUUCCCUCCCCCACCCUUUUUUUGUGAGUAUUAUUAUUACCUUAUUUCUAUUUGAUACCUUCAGAUUGGGGAUCUGUGAAGUUUCUUAAUGGCCGUCAGAAGGGGACACAUUAGGUACUUAAAAGAGGUUUAUGACAUGUCCAACGGCUACGAAGACCACAUGGCCGACGAGCCAAAAGACGCCAAAACCAACCUGAUCGUGAACUACCUGCCACAGAGCAUGACUCAGGACGAGCUGCGCAGUCUGUUCAGCAGCAUCGGCGAGGUGGAGUCCGCCAAGCUCAUCCGCGAUAAAGUGGCAGGUAAAGAUUCUGACAGCAGCCAGAGACACAGUUUAGGGUACGGAUUUGUUAACUAUGUUAACCCUAGUGAUGCAGAAAGGGCAAUCAGUACUCUGAAUGGGCUGAGGCUACAGUCUAAAACUAUCAAGGUGUCAUAUGCCCGUCCGAGCUCGGACACCAUUAAGGAUGCUAACCUGUACAUUAGCGGCCUGCCGCGCACCAUGACGCAGAAGGACGUGGAGGACAUGUUCGCACGCUACGGCCGAAUCAUUAACUCACGUGUGCUGGUGGACCAGGCCACAGGGCUGUCGCGGGGCGUGGCGUUUAUUCGCUUCGAUAAGCGCGCCGAGGCGGAGGACGCCAUCAAAGACCUGAACGGUCAGAAGCCCCCCGGGGCCUCCGAGCCCAUUACCGUCAAAUUCGCCGCCAACCCCAACCAGGCCAAGAACUCGCAGCUGCUGUCCCAGCUCUACCACUCUCAGUCCCGCCGCUUCGGCGGCCCCGUGCACCACCAGGCACAGAGGUUCAGGUUCUCCCCCAUGAGUGUGGAGCACAUGGGUGGGCUGUCGGGCGUCAGUGUUCCGGGGAACUCCACCUCUGGCUGGUGCAUCUUCAUCUACAACCUGGGCCAGGACGCGGACGAGGGCAUCCUGUGGCAGAUGUUCGGGCCCUUCGGCGCGGUGACCAACGUCAAGGUGAUCCGCGACUUCAACACCAACAAGUGCAAGGGCUUCGGCUUCGUCACCAUGACCAACUACGAGGAGGCGGCCAUGGCCAUCGCCAGCCUCAACGGCUACCGGCUGGGAGACAAGAUCCUGCAGGUCUCCUUCAAGACCAGCAAGUCUCACAAGUAGAGGGCCGGGCCUGGAGAAACCCCGCAAGAACCAGGAGAGAGGAGGAAGAGAGAGAGGAGGGGAGGAGGAAGAGGGAGGGGGGGGAGGAAGAGAGAGGGGAGGAGGAAGAGGGAGGGGGGGGAGGAAGAGAGAGGGGAGGAGGAAGAGAGAGAGGAGGAUGUUCACUCUUCUUUGUUUUUUUGUUUUUUUUUUGUGUUUUCUACAAAAAAAAGUUGACAACUGCAAAGGUAUAUUUAGUCAAUCUUCAGUGAAAAUACCCAUUUGUCAGAUUUUCACAUUUUUUCGUCCUGUUUAAAACUAAAAUGUGUAGAAUGUUUUUUUUGUUUUUCUUAAACUGGGAUGCAACUAAUGUAUUCUAAUUUUUUCUUUUUUUCUCGUUUUUGAUAUCCCAAGAUGUGUUGACCAAUUCUACACUUUUAUGUUCAUUUGUUUGUCUAAUACUAGAUUUCAGUGAGGUCACUAUGUGCCGUAUGCAUGGUUUAAAAAAAGGCUUCAGGUUUGCAGUGUCUUACAAAACUCUGAUUCCCUCUGUAACAGCUCUGUUCUGUUCUACUCCUAAACCUCAGUUCAGCUCUAGCCUUCUGCCUCCUGUCUGUUCUUACCUAAACUUACCCUACCUGAACUCACCUGAGUUUUCCUUACCUGAACUCAACUGAGCUUACCUUACCUGAACUUACCUGAGCUUACCUUACCUGAACUCACCUGAGCUUUUCUUACCUUACCUUAACUCACUUGAGCUUUCCUUACCUGAACUUACCUGAGCUUACCUUACCUGAACUCACCUGAGCUUUUCUUACCUUACCUGAACUCACCUGAGCUUUCCUUACCUGAACUUACCUGAGCUGAACUUACCCGAGCUUAUUUGAGCUUACCUUACCUGAGCAUAGUUUAGUUUACCUUACCUUACCUUACUUGAACUUACCGGAACUGACCUGAGGCUAGUUGUGCUUUGCAGCUGCUAAAAUGGAUCUUUCCCCCCCGCAUGUAAAUCAGUGUUUUUUAGGCAUUGCAUUCUUGGCGCUCGGCUGAAAACUGCUCCUGAAGAAAAGGGUGUGGCGGCUUCAGCCAGAAUUUACAUUUUGAAGUUGGAAUUUCAAUUUUUUUUUUUGGAAAGGGUCCCUGAGAGCCGACUCUGAUAUAUAUAUGUAUGUAAAAAAAAAAAGAAAAAGAAAAAGAUGGACCAAAGAGAUUGAAGGAAAGAAAUGUAUGAUCACGCCCCCGCCCCCGUCCCCGCCCCCGCCCAAGACACUCACUCGCUCGCUCACCUAAGCCUCACCCCCUCGUGGGCCUCCCGGUGGAGCUCCCGGUGGGCCUCCUGGUGGAGCUCCCGGUGGGCCUCCCGGUGGAGCCUGCUGCGGUACUCACUGAGAGGGGUGGCAGCAGAGCAGAGCCGCUCAGAGCGGCGGCGAGCGCCGGCGUCUCCCUGCGCUCGUCCUGUCAGCUCUUCUCUUCUCUUUUCUUUUUAACAGGCUGAGUGGGGAUUUACUCUCGAGUGAGGAGAGAGGAAGAAUAACUGAAAGUAACUUUUCUUUCAUUGCAGUGUAGUUUGGUAGUUAUGGAAGUCUGUUUAAAAAUAGUUUUCUAUUAAAGAAGAGAAAAAAAAACGAAUCCCAAACUUCUGGAACCUGCCUUGCGAAGCUGAAUUAACUUUUUUUUCUUCUUUUUUUCUUUGGUGUUUUUGUUUGAAUGUUUUUGCUUAUUUGCAUCACUUGUGAUCAUUAAUUAAAUUUGAUUUCUUUUCAUUAAAUAUUUAAGUUUUUUCUUUA